AUGGUCAACGCUGUCGCUUUCCUCCGCGGAGACGCCAAGAUCUCUGGCACCGUCAAGUUCGAGCAGACCUCUGAGGACGCUCCCACCACCAUCUCCUGGAACAUCACCGGCCACGACGCCAACGCCCAGCGUGCUUUCCACGUCCACCAGUUCGGUGACAACACCAACGGCUGCACCUCCGCUGGUCCCCACUUCAACCCCGCCGGAAAGACCCACGGUGCUCCCGAGGAUGAUGAGCGUCACGUCGGUGACUUGGGCAACUUCCAGACCGAUGCUCAGGGCAACUCCGUUGGCUCCAAGACCGACAAGCUGAUCAAGCUGAUCGGUGAGCAGAGCGUUCUCGGCCGUACCCUGGUUGUCCACGAGGGUACUGACGACUUUGGCAAGGGUGGCCACGAGCUGUCCAAGACCACCGGUAACGCCGGUGGCCGUCCUGCCUGCGGUGUCAUUGGCAUUGCCGCAUAA